AUGUUGCAUCGAACAAUUCUUAGACAGCGCCGCGCUGUGUUCUCUUCGAUAAACAGAGCUUCAGUUCCGUCAUCAUCGUCAUUGAGACAAAGCUCGCCAUUCCAACAGCUCACCUUGAAACAAGCUUCUUUCAGAUUUACACCCCGCUCAUACUCUACAGAAAAUGGAGCAAAGAAAGAGGAUGCUCAGAAAGAGACCGGCGAAGGCGCCGAGACUGCAACAGAGUCUCCUGAGGAUGCUCUGAAGAAGGAGCUUGAAGCAAAGAACAAGGAAGUCGUUGAAUUGAAGGACAAAUACAUCCGCUCCGUCGCCGAUUUCCGCAACCUCCAAGAGCGAACAAAACGUGACAUGGACAACGCCCGCUCGUUCGCCAUUCAAAAAUUCGCUGUCGAUCUUCUCGAAUCAAUUGACAAUUUCGAUCGCGCUCUCUCCGUCGUUCCUGCGGAUAAACUUACCGAUGGAGCUGAUGCCAACAAGGAUCUCCUGGAGCUUCACCAGGGAUUGAAGAUGACCGAGAGCAUCCUAUUGAACACGCUCAAGAAGCACGGACUUGAGCGCUUCGACCCUUCGGACGCCACAGAUGGAAAGACUUCCAAAUUUGACCCCAAGAUUCAUGAAGCGACUUUCAUGGCCAAGGUAGAGGGCAAGGAGAAUGGCGACAUUAUGUUUGUUCAGAGCAAGGGUUAUAGCUUGAACGGUCGCGUUUUGCGGGCCGCCAAAGUCGGUGUUGUCAAGAACGAUUAA